AUGAGACUUGGACGUCUGCUAUAUUGGGCCUGCACCGCUGUUGCACUCCCUUUCAAUAUCAAUCUUAAUGUCAACACGAACGUGAACCUCAAUAUUGACGGCGAUGAAAUGCCAUUGGGCGUUCAGACGCAGGAAUUGGGACUGUUUCCGCUCCACAAAAAACUCGUGCAAACAGAGAGUCUGAGUUUCCAUGAACAGGAAGUCUCUGACUUCUUGGUGGACUAUCUUCAGACUCUUGGUUUGACCGUUGAGACCAUCAAUUCUAACGGAAGAAACAAUAUUUACGCUUACUUCGGAACUACCAGAGAUAAUACCGUGCUUCUUACCAGUCAUAUCGACACUGUUCCUCCGUAUAUCGGUUACUAUGACGACGGCGAGCGUAUUUACGGACGUGGAUCUUGUGAUGCAAAGGCUUCGGUUGCCGCACAAAUCACAGCGUUUUCGGAACUCUUCCAAGAACAGCUUAUUCAUGAAGGAGAUGUUGCUCUCCUGUUUGUUGUUGGCGAGGAAACUGGCGGAGACGGAAUGCAAGCGGUCGACGAGAGCAUCAAGGCCAGCUGGAAACAUGUCGUCUUUGGUGAACCAACCGAGAACAAGCUUGCUAUCGGCCACAAGGGUGUUUACUACUUUAAACUUAAAGUUCAUGGCGUGUCUUCCCAUUCUGGAUAUCCAGAACUCGGCCAGGACGCAAACAACCUGCUCAUCAAGUUGAUGUACCAACUCUCCACCACCAACUGGCCGCGCGAUGAUCUGCUGGGCGUGACAAACGUCAACAUCGGCCUUAUUAAUGGAGGAACCGCAGCCAACGUGAUCUCGCCUAUUGCAGAAUGCGAGGUUCUUAUGCGUUUGAGCGUCAACGCUGACCAGGUUGAGAAAAUUGUGGACGAUAUUAUCACGAACUAUCAGAACGUCGACAUCACUGUGGUUCAAAAAGCAGACCCUACGUAUCUGGAUUACGAUGUGCCGGGAUUCGAUACCAUGCUUGCCUCCUAUUUCACCGACAUUCCUAACCUGACCCAAAACGGAUUCAAGCGGUAUUUGUACGGCCCAGGUUCGAUUCUAGUCGCCCACGGAGACAAUGAAUACGUCACUUACGAAAGUCUAAAGGAGGCCGUCAAUGGUUACAAACGGCUCGUUACCUAUGGACUUAAUUGA